CAAACCUUUCAUCGCGAUCGGCGUGUCUCGGCGUACACCGUACGAGAGCCCGGAAGCAUGCUGAAGGUUCUGUGCGCUGCCGUCCUGCUGGUCGGCCUGGCACGGAGCUCUCAUUUCCGUGGAGCCACCAUAUCGUGGAAGGCUGAUGGAAACGUGGUAACCUUCACUUAUCGGAUUGGCUGGAGACGGUCGUGGUCAUCUCAUACGAAAUGUUACCAGAACACCAUUGACAGCAGGACUCGACUAAGUGGACUUGGGCAUUGGAAAUCGACAUCAGGAUGGCAACGACAGGCAUCAUACUACUGUACGGACUUCAGUGUCGUGGAAGACUGGCAGCAGGGCGAAGAUUCGUUCAGCAUGACAUUUCCCAGCACCGGAAAACAUUUAGUAAUACAAUCCGGCUACUGCUGCUGGAUCACGGUACGGCGUCCAGAUGGCUCCUCACAUGAUCCCCGUUGGCACGUGGAGACUCACGUGCAACUUGAUGCCAGGUCAGACACCGGCAAGCCCAACUCAUCUCCCAUCACAGCAAGCUCACCUAUAUACAGGGUCCAGCGCAACUGCGACACGGUUAUCCGUAUUCCGUCAGAGGACCCUGACGGAGACCGGGUGAGGUGCAGGUACGGUGCUGUGACCGCAGAGUGUGGCGGAGUGUGCGAUCCACUGCCGUUCUCGACCCUUGAUGAGGAAAACUGCGUCAUUACCUACGACACGUCCCUUGGGUACCUCUGGCCCGGAUGGUACGCGAUUUCCCUUGUUAUGGAAGAUUAUCCCAUCCCAGCAGCACCCGCUACGACUGCACCUACACGUGUUAGCAGGUCCCCGGAGGACAUGACUACGGAGGGAGGGUAUUGGGGCUAUGAAUCUGGCGCGAGUGCACCGACAGAAGCGACCACCUGGGGAACUCCAUUGAGCCGUAUUCCACUCCAGUUUCUAGUUCACGUUUACACAGCCCACAGUCAGUGUCAUGAGCAUCCGCAGCUGGUUGGGUCCACACCACAGGACCGGGAGUGUGUCGCCAUUGACAACGGGCAAACUUACCGCACUUCAAUCGAAGCAGAGGCUCUCAAAUCUUUCGCCAGGAUUGCAGAAAUCUUGACUGUGUCACCACCGGGUCUGACCAAAUCAGAGCUUCGAACUGACCCCAACAACCCCCAGCGGGCCCACGUGAACAUCACGUGGACACCUGCACUGUCACAGCGUGGACAGCACAUCUUCUGCUUUCUUGCAGAAGAUACAAAUGAGUGA